AUUAACGGCAAAAUUGCCUAUGCCAGUCAAGAACCGUGGCUGUUUGCCGGAUCGGUGAGACAGAAUAUUUUAUUUGGACGAAAUAUGGAGCAGGUUCGAUACAAUCAUGUGAUUGAAGUGUGUCAGUUAAAGAGAGAUUUCAGUCUGCUGCCUUAUGGUGAUAAAACAAUCAUAGGCGAGAGAGGUAUCAGUCUUUCCGGUGGCCAGCGGGCAAGAAUAAACUUAGCGAGAGCCGUUUAUGCCGACGCUGACAUAUACCUCAUGGACGAUCCUUUGAGCGCCGUAGAUGCCCAUGUGGGCAAGUGUAUGUUUGAAAAAUGCAUCAACAAAUAUCUCGGAAACAAGACUCGGAUUGUGACUCAUCAACUGCAAUACUUACACAACGUCGAUAGAAUUAUUGUCUUGAAGAACGGAACUAUUCAGGCUGAAGGGUUACAGUAUCUAUAUGACUCAGACAUAUUGGAAGCUGUUGAUGAGAUGCUGCCCGCGUUUAUUGACUGUCUUCAGAUCGGUAUAGCGCUGCUGGGCAUUAUCAUUGUGGUAGCCACCGCGAACGUGUGGCUGCUGAUACCCACGGUGCUAAUUGGUAUUGUCUUUUAUUACAUGAGAAUAUUCUAUCUGGCCACCAGUCGUAGCGUCAAGCGUCUUGAAGGCGUCAGUGAGUAUCGCAAACUCAUCUUUUGA